AUGGGAAAGAAAAAUGGUACCUCUUGGUUGACAAUAGUUAAAAGGGCUUUUAGGUCCCCAACUAAAGAGAAUGAGAAAAAGAGUAGCAGAAGAAGAGAAGAACAUGAGCAAGAAGAGGAAGAAAAGAAAAGAGAGAAAAGAAGAUGGCUUUUUCGAAGGCCUAACAGUGAUCAUGCAAAACCAUGUGAAGCAAAGCCGGUAGCAAACGCGACUACUACUACUGCAGCUACACCAGUGAUCCCUAUUUUAGCUGCUGAUCAAAGGCACGCAAUUGCAGUGGCAGCAGCCACUGCGGCAGCUGCUGAAGCUGCCGUGGUAACAGCCCAAGCGGCGGUAGAGAUCGCUAGGCUCACCAGGCCUUCCAAUUAUGUUAAAGAACAUUAUGCUGCUGUAGUUAUUCAAACAGCUUUCAGAGGCUACUUAGCAAGAAGAGCUUUGCGUGCACUUAAAGGGCUGGUAAUGCUUCAAGCUUUAGUGAGGGGACAAAAUGUUCGAAAACAAACCAAGUUCACGCUGAAAUGCAUUCAAGCUGUGGUUCGAGCACAAGAUAGGGUGCGUGAUCAACGAGCAAGGCUUUCACAUGAACUCAGCAGAAAGUCUAUGGUUGCUGAAAUCAAUAGUUUAUGGGAGUCUGCUAAUCUUCAAGACAUUAAAAAUAGGAAGUCAAUAUCCAAAAGUGCGAGUGGUACACUAGAUGAUUGGGACGACCGUCCACAUUCAAGCCAGGGGAUAGAUGGAACGUUCCAGAGUCGAAAGGAAGCUGGUCUAAAACGCGAAAAAGCCCUCGCUUAUGCUUUCUCUAACCAGAUGUGGAAAUCUCGCAGGAAUCCAUCUGCAGGAGAUGAAAGUGAUUUAGAAGAAAGAACAAAAUGGCUUGAUCGGUGGAUGGCUACCAAGCAAUGGGACAAUAGCACUACUAGCAGAGCUUCAACUGAUAGUAGAGACCUUAUAAAGACAGUUGAAAUUGACAUGUCUAGGCCUUGUUCUUAUUCUGCUCCAACUCUCCAAAAAUCCCAGUCUCAAAAUCAUCAACAAAAACAAGCUAGACCCCACUCUGUUGCUUCUCCACUUCACCGGGCACAACAAAGUUUCUCUCUCCACCAAUCACCUGUCACACCCUCUCCGCGCAAAACCAAACCCCUUCAAGUGCGUUCGGCAAGCCCUCGAUACCUGAAGGAAGACAUAAGUUACUCGGCCGCAGUAACUCCAAACUUAAGGUCUACCUAUUGUAUUAAUAAUGGAAUAUCUCGCUAUGCAACAGCCACAAGCAGGGCUGCUGCUACUUCUACAGUGCCAAAUUACAUGGCUGCCACUCAGUGUGCCAAGGCUCGGGCUCGGUCACAGAGUGCACCAAGGCAGAGGUCAUCAACAUCCCAGAAAGAGCGUGGCGGUUCAGUGAAGAAGCGCCUUUCUUAUCCAGCUCAUGAGUUACAUUGUGGUGUUGGCACUGCAUGUAAUGCUUCUAGCCAGAACUUGGGAAGCAUCAGCUUCAAGAGCCUACAUGGUGGCUAUUAUGGAAUGGAGCAGCUAUCAAACUAUUCGUCUUAUACUGAGAGUUUUGGUGGCGAAAUUUCUCCAUCAUUGUCUGGAUCAAGGUUCUCUCUCAAUUUGUGGGAAUAAAUCAGCUGCCAAUUUACUCUUACCUCAACCUUCCACAUUAGCUAGAAACAAAAUAAAUUGCAUGGAUUUUGACAACCCAUGAUAUGUGAAAUCAUGUUGAGGUAGAAUUAUUUGGUUUCAGUUCAGAAUCAGUAAAAGUCGGGUUAUCAUCAUUUAAUGCCAGGUGUGGCGAAUCUAAUUAAUAUGUAGAAUUCGGGUUCUUAUGGAACUACUACUAUUGAGAUUCUCCCGACCAUUUUUCCUAUAGGAAACGAGAUGCUCAAUUUUGUCGUGGAAGUUCUGUUCUUUGCUGGUUUAAUUCAUAUUUUCUGUUUUA